UAUUCAAUAGUUUGUACUCUUCCGGUACUCAUCGAUGGACAGUUGUUGUGUUAAAAAACGCCGUGCAAUCGGGAGUCGAGACGAUUCUUCGUUUAUGUUUGCGACGCAGCGAAAAUUUAUUGUUAACACAAAACAUUAUUUGAAGAAAAAAUACCUACAUACGCUACAUUUGCGGCAGAAGAAGGAAAGCAGCGACAAUAAACGAGUUUAAACGGUAAACAGAGAGAACGAGAGGAUCAGUGCUCCGUAUAUCCUCGCAAGUGUAUAGUUGACCGUAGAUUAUUGUAUUUACAUUCGUAUAAACGUACGUAUUAUCACACCCACAUUAAUUUACAUCAUCAGACGACGACGGUCGUGUACGACGAUUUGUAUUAUAAAUAGUUAUCAAGCUGUGCCACUGUGGUGACUUUUCGCGCGUGACUCGUAGCAUAUACGUACAGUACGUACAGUGUGUAUAUUAUUAUUACGUGGGGUACUCGAUAACAGUUGUGUAUAAGAAUAAGGUAUAGCGAUUUUACUUAAAGUCAAGUUCUUUUAAAAUACAGUGCCCGGUGACGAUUGCUCGUUAAUUAACGAGUCACUAUAUUGUAUAUAUAUAUAUUUAUGUAAACGCUGAUUAAAGUAGUUAUGACUUUAGCGCGACUUUAAUUUUCACAUGAACAGAACAAUUAAUAAGCAUAACAGAGAAAAUGUGUUGCAUGAGUUUGACUCUGGCUGUGAAGCUGAUUGGGACUUAUGGAAUGUCCCUCUCGAUCCUAAUGAUAAAUAUGCUUAUAAGCAACUUUUUCUCGAGCCGGAAGGAAGAUAAGUUAAUCAUAGCCCUCGAGUCGUGGAUGCUUCUCGGAUUCAACUGGACUUUUGUCAUAAAGAGCAUGAAAGUCGUCGAGACAGCCCGCAUGCUGUUGAUUUGCGUGCUUAUCUACUCGUCUCUCUUUCUCGUUGCCAAUGCUCUCAUGACCUUGGGCUCUCUUUUGAAAAAACCAGACUAUCUCCUGCCGUGGAUGUACAUGCAGAUGAUCAGCAUAAUCGACCAAACGAUUUCACUUGCUGUGCAAUUGAGCAGCAACGAUGCACCGGACAAAUGGGGCUUGUACUUACCUGCCUGCAGUAUUUAUUUAGUACUUAGUUCAUACUUUUGGAUGUUGGUUUCAUCGGCGCGACAAGAGUACAUGAACGAGCUCGAAAGCGAAAGCAGAGGAAGAACAAGUACUAUGGUAACCUCGUCGCCGGCCGGGCGUAGCUUGAGAGACUCCAAUGUACCCAAAACACCUUCGUACCUGUCUUGUGAUAUCGCCUACGUUUUCGACCACCCUCAGCCUAUGAUACGACCCCGCAAUCAUGAGGUUGUCUGAUCUAUAGAAGCUGAAACAAAAAAAAACAAAAAAACGAUAAACUUUUGCGUUUCGGUCGUACUUAUUUUUUAUUAUACGUAAGGUCGUUACCAUACUGUAAAUAUACCUAUAGGCUAGUAACAAAGCGGAAUAAUUCUGAACUGACUGAUAGCAUAAAAGCGAGGAUAUUUCCGAUCCACAUCAUUUUCGGCAUAUGUGUAUAUUAUUGAUAUGUAUAUAUUUAAUA